AGAGGGAGGGAGAAGGGAGAGGCAGCUGCCGCAGGAGGAGAAAGACCCCCCAGCUACUUCUUCAACUCGGUCUGCCCCCUUCCUCCCCAGCUCUGCGCUGCUGCUGUCAGUAGCGGCGGCCUGAGGAGCCGCAGAGCCCCCCACAGCCCGGCUGCGGUCAGGGCCGGCGCACAGCCCCGCCGCGCAGCAGAGGCGGAGUGGACUGGGGCUGCUGCGGCUGGGUUCCAGUUCUCUCCUCCUCCAUCCACCCACCCAGCUGUAUCAUUCUUAGUCACGGCUGGCUUUGCUGCCGCUCGCCUUCCCGCUCUCCCAGCUGGUUUUGCUUUCCCUUUUGCUGUCAGUUUCCCCCUGUGCACCGACCAGUGGGGUUUACAUUUAAACAAACCAAAAGCCCCGGGGCGGAGAGGGGGAGAAGCUCUGCGCGAAGGAAGGUAGCUCGCGGAGAGGCGUGGAGCUCCCCACCCCUCCCGACCAGCCCCAUCAAACCAUCCGGUAAGAAAGUAAAGAAGCCAGCGAGGGUGACACCGACUCGCCCGGAGGAGAAGAAGCGCGUCUUCUCUCCCGUCUCGCCUCCUUUCCGUCCCCGCUCCUCCCAGCCCCUCUUCUCUGAAGCACCGGCAGGAGCAGCCUGGACUCAUGAUGGCUUCAACCACUACCUGCACCAGAUUCACCGACGAGUACCAGCUCUUCGAGGAGCUUGGAAAGGGGGCAUUCUCAGUGGUGAGAAGAUGUGUGAAAAUUCCUACAGGACAAGAGUAUGCUGCCAAAAUUAUCAACACCAAAAAGCUGUCUGCUCGAGAUCACCAGAAAUUGGAAAGGGAAGCUAGAAUCUGUCGCCUUUUGAAACACCCUAAUAUUGUGCGGCUUCAUGACAGCAUAUCAGAAGAAGGAUUCCAUUACUUAGUCUUUGAUUUAGUCACUGGAGGUGAACUGUUUGAAGAUAUAGUUGCAAGGGAAUAUUACAGUGAAGCAGAUGCCAGUCAUUGCAUUCAGCAGAUCCUGGAGGCUGUGCUACACUGUCAUCAGAUGGGAGUAGUCCAUCGGGACUUGAAGCCUGAGAACUUACUUUUAGCUAGCAAAUCCAAGGGAGCAGCUGUAAAAUUGGCAGACUUCGGAUUGGCUAUAGAAGUUCAAGGCGAACAACAGGCUUGGUUUGGUUUUGCUGGUACACCAGGAUAUCUUUCACCAGAGGUGUUACGAAAAGAUCCCUAUGGGAAGCCAGUGGACAUGUGGGCAUGUGGUGUCAUUCUCUAUAUUCUCCUUGUGGGAUACCCUCCUUUCUGGGAUGAAGACCAGCACAGACUCUAUCAGCAGAUCAAGGCUGGUGCUUAUGACUUUCCCUCACCAGAGUGGGAUACAGUGACUCCUGAAGCCAAAGACCUCAUCAAUAAAAUGCUUACCAUCAACCCUGCCAAACGUAUCACAGCAUCAGAGGCACUGAAGCAUCCAUGGAUAUGUCAACGUUCUACUGUGGCCUCUAUGAUGCACAGGCAGGAGACUGUAGAUUGCUUGAAGAAAUUCAAUGCAAGAAGAAAACUAAAGGGGGCCAUUUUGACAACUAUGCUGGCUACCAGAAAUUUCUCAGCAGCAAAAAGUUUACUGAAAAAACCUGAUGGAGUCAAGAAAAGGAAGUCCAGUUCGAGUGUUCAAAUGAUGAUAAACAACAAAACCAACGUGGUAACCAGCCCCAAAGAAAAUAUUCCUACCCCGGCGCUGGAGCCCCAAACUACAGUAAUCCACAACCCUGAUGGAAAUAAGGAGUCAACAGAAAGUUCCAAUACGACUAUUGAAGAUGAAGAUGUGAAAGCUCGUAAGCAGGAGAUUAUCAAGGUUACUGAGCAACUGAUUGAAGCUAUCAACAAUGGGGACUUUGAAGCUUACACAAAGAUCUGUGAUCCAGGCCUUACAUCUUUUGAACCUGAAGCUUUGGGGAAUCUGGUGGAAGGGAUGGACUUUCACAGGUUCUACUUUGAAAAUGCUUUGUCCAAGGGUAAUAAGCCAAUCCACACUAUUAUCCUCAAUCCCCAUGUCCAUCUUGUGGGCGAUGAUGCUGCCUGCAUUGCAUACAUACGGCUGACGCAGUACAUGGACGGAAGUGGAAUGCCAAAGACUAUGCAGUCCGAGGAGACCCGGGUCUGGCACCGCCGUGAUGGCAAAUGGCAGAAUGUUCAUUUUCACUGUUCAGGGUCACCAACAGUACCGAUCAACUAAAAUUCUACAAUGCCACUCUUGCUUUCUCCGUACUCAAAGCACCUGAUUGGUUACCAUGUGGGCCAUCCUGUUCUUCUCUUCAUGCAUGUUUCUGAGUGCAUGAAGCUGUGACAGUUCUACAUGUAAUGCAUUUGAUGCAUCAUUUUGUUGUAUAUUUCAUCUGUACAUUUUGUUUACACUUCAGCAAAUUGAAAAUGACAAAACAAAACAAAAUCAGUGUACAGUAGUAGAUACACAAUCCAUUUGUCAUUUUUCUUUAUUAAUGCUAAGUUUUAACAAAUAACUUUAAAAUUACUAUGUUUAUAAAAAAGAAAAAAGAGUACAUGUUCUCAUUUUGGUUUUGGUUUUUUAAACAACUGUUUUUUGGCUUAUUUGUUUCCAAAACCACUGGGUUUUGCUUUGGGUCAUAGUAGAAAUCGAUGAGAUUUCCAAUUAGAGCUUUGCUAAUGUUGCAGAAUAGUUUUAUUGGAACACAAAGAUGGAUAAAAUCACUGAUGAAUGUGAAAGCAAAUAUAUGUUGGAUUGGUACCAACUGAAGCCAUUUUAGUUAUUAAACUGGAAAAAUUUUAUCAUUUGCUGGCUUGACCACUUUAGAAUUAACUUCUACUGUUCUGGCCAGUAACAUUUUUUGUCUCUCUGUUUUGAUUCUUUACCUUUACUUUUUUAUGCUAAGUGAAAAUUUAUAUUGGGUGAUAGAAGAGCAAAAUUAAAAUUUGUGAUGAUUAAAGUGAAAGGAUAAAACAAAAUAGAUUUGUAUCACUUUCAGGGUGUACAGUAAAUUUAUUAAGGAAGCUUUAGAGGAUUAUUUUAUUUUGUUUAUGCUCUAGUCCAGAUAUGUGGUUAGUUUAACCUAGAAAUAUUAGGCCUUACAAGCUUAGUAUAAAGAGUUUGUUUACUUUCCAUUGUAGCGGCUACUACUCUGGAAAACCAUCAUGAAUAUACCAAUUUUCUAAUAAUACUGUAAUACUUUACAAUGGUGUUUUUCCCCCCCAUUUUCUCUUGGCUUAUUAAAAUCCUUGCACAGUGCAUAAUGUUAGGGACAACAACUAAUGCAGCAUUACUUACUAACGCUUUUGUUUUUUUCUGUUGCUGCAUACAGCUGCACAGUAAGCAGGGAAUGCUCUCGGUGUCCAUUUAAAACAUAUACUUUGUGACCUGGACUGUUUUUGCUUCUGUUUUAUAUCUGUGAAUGUAUAUUCCUGCAAACAUUUAGAUUUAGUCUCCCUCCUUUCCCCCCACCCAUUUUUAAUAGAAAAAUAGAGGGGUUGUCUGUUCCCUUUUUUUUUUUUUGCUGUUGUUCAUUGUUUUAUUAUCAGUGGGGCUAAAUGUUUUCUGCAGUGCUGAAUAGUGCAUGAUAUCUCAGUGUUCUUUUUAGCAAUUACAAUUUACAGCUGUCAGCAGCCUGAAAUUUUUAAAAUGGGAAGACUUCCUAAUUUGUAUAAUUUUACUUUCUGUGUUGAUUAUAAAUCAAAAGCGUUCCUUUACACUUUGAUGUUGUUAUUAGUGGAUGUACAGUAGAUGGAUUUAAAUUGCUCUGAUAAUAUUACAUGAUUUAAAAAAAUGUAUAUUUAAAAUAAGCAUUUACAGUAAAUGUGUUGAGCCAUAUUAACCUGCCAAUGGGAUCUGUGAAAAACAAAAAAGUAAUGGCCUAAUUUUUUUCUCAUUAAUUUCUUUACUUUUUUUGUGAAGCAGCUAUAAGUAGUAUAAAUGUAUUUAAAUUUAACACAAUUAGGUUUAGGGUGGGUUUUUUUUUUUUUUUUUUUUUACAUUUUUAACAUAGCAUGUGGUGUUGACGUAUUACUGUAGAUCAAGUUUGUCUUCCACACCAAGACAUGAGGAAAUUGUGACUCGUUCUCUCCACCACAAUCGAAUUAUACACUUGUCUUCUGUCAUUUUGGAACACUGCAGUUUACCAUGGGACACAGUGUACAUAUUUCUUGCCAUAAUGGUAAAUGACUGACAGAUAUAUUUAAGGAUUAAUAAAUUUGUGAUUUCUGCCGA